UAAUAAUCAUGUGGCUCCAGGAUGCAGAUGACUAGGGCUACAGUGUCUAUGGCUUAAUCUGGCCCUAGAGAGAAAUCUUUAAAAUCAAACAAAAACUUACACUGAAUAAAAAACAUUUCUAUUAAUAUUAGAUUUGUAUGUACUUUUAAACAAUCCCCCUCCGAUUUUGUGCCUAAGGUGCUGGGCAAUGUUAAUCCAAUGUUGCAUUAUAUUUUCACAGCAGUGAACGUUUAUUGCCUUCUUGCCUUCCUGACUCUUCACAAGAGUUUUCAUUUGUCCAGCACUUUGUUUCAAGUGCUGACGUAUCAUUUUUAUGCCUGGAAGUGACCUCAUAAAGUGAUGAUGUCAAAUAGAAAAUUCCAUUCUUUUCUAUAUAGAGUAUUUCUGUUCUCUGUGCUUGGCCUUGUGCACGCUGAGUUACUUAAGGGAAUACAUAAUGACCACCUAGAUCUCUUAAACGAAAUAAUCUGAAAGUGUGAGUAUGGAGCCUACAGAAUCUUUUCAUCAGAGACGACUUGUGUCGAACUUGGUUGUUGAAAAUUUUAAAUCCUCGUCUGAUGCUGACGUGAAACACACUCUGUUCUGGCGAUUCAGGAGACGGGACACUGAAUUUUGUGCAUAUAUACGCAGAUUACUGCAGAAUCCCCUGUUCAACUCAAUCAUGAUAAGCAUCAUCUCACUCAAUGCAGUGUUCUUGGCCUUGGAAACUGAUUAUGCUAUUAAGCUUAAUUCUUAUGCAUAUCUGGAGCUGGCCGAUCUGAUUAUUAUAUCCAUCUACACCACAGAGAUUUUGCUGAAGUUUUAUGUGGAUCCCUUGAAUUACUGGAGGAGUGGCUAUAACCUGUUUGAUGUUCUCAUACUUCUCAUUGCUUGCCUCCCAUAUACCAUUGACAAAAAUGACAUCAAACACUACAGAACAUGGGACAUAAUUAAUGGUUUCCAGGCACUCAAGAUUCUGAAGCUUAUCUCCUACAGCAGAGGCAUGAGGAAAACCAGUGAAUAUAAAACCUUCAGUGAAUUGGUGGAGGACUUUAAAAAGACAUUACAUCAUUCUGAUCCUAUGGUCUUAGAAGAUUUUUGUGCCAGUAUCCCAUUUAUUGAUCUUUAUUUGACAUCCCUCGAUCUUCAAGAUAACACAGUUUAUAGGUUACAAGAACUCUAUUAUGAACUAGUUGGCACGUUGAACAGCAUCUUGGAAGAUGUAAGAGAAAAAUCCGUGCUGCCCCCUGAGAAAGAUAUGAAGAGUUAA